AUGGCUCAUUGUUAUAGUGAAAUAUUGCUCGUUGUGUGGUUUUCCUUUGCAUCAUGCUACCUCACUUUGGUCGAAUCAAUAGAUGCGGGCGGAAAUACACGAAUGGAUGAGAAGAACACGACUCUUGUUAGACCUGUGCCUUGGUUCGUCAAAACUCAAGAUGGAGGAAGCAAUAUUAUUUCACAUUAUGCAAUGUGGCAUACGGUUCCAGGAAAAAACUUCGGUCUUCGUGCUGAAAUUAGUAUAUGGGACUCACCAAAUCAAACGGAGUCUCAAGAAUCCGGAGCAUCCUUACAGAUCUAUUGUCAAGAUGGAGGACACUACAACAUGAUUGAAGCUGGAUUUCACGUUUCACCCUCUUUGUACCAUAAUAGAGACGUUCACUUCUUUACAUACUGGACGAAGGACACCAAGUCAGCCGGCUGCUAUAACUUAGAGUGCCCAGGAUAUGUUCCUACAACUAGAGCUGCACUAGUGCCAGGGCAAGUCAUUACUCCUCCAUCAAGCUAUGGCGUGCAAGACCGCUACGUCAGGCUUAGCCUUAAUAAGGAUCCAAACUCUGGAGAUUGGGUGGUGUACAGGCAUGAUUUAGAAACCCCAUCCUUCUUGGGUUAUUUCCCUAUAGGGCUUUGCCCCAAUAUGCCAGUUAUAGAAGCAUUGACCGGAUUCGUGAAUUAUUUCAAUAAUACACAGGGUCCUCCGAUGGGCAGUGGGCACUUUCCCGAUUUUGAGGAUAGUGAAAACAAAAUUGCUUACUUCAAGCAUAUUAAGAAAUACAACUCCGGUGGUCAUCCUUAUGAUCCAAUCUUAUUUGAAAUGAAGUAUCUAGUUGACAGGCCGGACUGUUAUAAAUUAAGUUAUCCCGUUCCAGCUCUUAGCAGGGGAUUUAUCUUUAGCUAUGGUGGACCAAGUGGAUGUAUUGGUUGA